AUGCCAGGCGCUGUUUCCGAAGUACCCCAGGCCGUAGUGGAAGAGACGUCGAAUCUUGAACGCUACGGUUACCUGUUCGGCAUUAAACUCACAAACUCGUGGUCACCCUUCUUUCACAGUGUCAUCUAUAAGGAGCUCGGCCUACGAUGGGGUCAAGUACGGCUCGAAGGUAGUGAUAUCAACAUGUUUCUGAAACUGAUUGACCAUCCAGACUGUUUUGGUUCAUCGGUGACCAUGCCUAAUAAGGUGACCAUCAUGGACCACCUGGACGAGACAACAGAUGAGUGCCGUGCCAUUGGCGCCUGUAACACCAUCUUCUUCAAGAUUGGCCCUGACGGCCGUCGUCUGCGCUGCGGCACAAAUACCGACGUGAUUGGCAUCCGUGACUCUUUCCUCUACACCAUCAAGAAGCCUGAGGCAGUCUACCAUAACCGUCCAGCACUCGUCGUGGGGGGUGGCGGUGCCGCUCGUAGUGCCGUCUACGCCCUGCGCAAGUGGCUCAGCGUGAAGAGCAUCUACCUCGUCAACCGCGACGCCGGUGAGGUUCAGGCUGUCAUCGACGACUGCAAGGCUCACGGAUACGGAGAGGACCUUAUCCACGUCGAGACGGUGGACCAGGCUGCGUCACUCGAGACACCCGGUGCUAUUGUCGCAUGCGUGCCUGACUUUGAACCCCAGACAGACGAAGAGAGGCAAGCCCGUGGUGUGACGGACAGCUUCCUUUCCAGGAAGGACCACAAGGGUGCCAUGCUGGAAAUGUGCUAUAACCCUACUCCCUACACGAAACUGGGUACCCUCGCUGAGCAGAAGGGAUGGCAGGUCAUUCUGGGAACAGAAGCCCUUAUUUGGCAAGGCCUGGAGCAGGAUAAGUUCUGGACUGGCAAGAGUUUGAAUGAGUUACCUGUGGCUACUGCAAAGGAAGCCAUCGCGCAGAAGGUAGCCGAUGUUCUGUCACAAAGGUUGGAGUAA